CAGGCGUCAUCGCCUACGUCAUCAAAGUACGCCUCGAUGCCGCUUCGAAAGUAAUAGUGGACGCACCGAACCCUCGCCUGCGGUUCGGCACCAUGAGGAUCAACGAGAACACGUUGCUGGAGGGAAAUAAAGUCGCGCUGGUUCCGUACAACGCAGAACACGUGCCCAGGUACCACGAGUGGAUGAAGUCUCCCGAGCUGCAGCAGCUGACGGCGUCAGAGCCGCUGACCCUGGAUCAGGAGUACAGCAUGCAGAAGAGCUGGAGGGACGACGAGGACAGUGAGGCCACAUCUGCGCGUGCACACGGAACCGCGCGGUUCGGGUGGUUCUAUUUCAUGGAUGUGUUUCAUUCUGCAGAGUGCACCUUCAUCAUCCUGGACAAGCAGCAGUGGGCCGCCUCCGGUGCAGAGGACGAGCAGUGCAUGGUGGGAGACGUCAACCUCUUCCUGACUGACCCCACGGACCCGACCUUGGCCGAGCUGGAGGUCAUGAUAGCGGAGCCCAGUUACAGAGGCAGAGGCGUCGGGAAGGAGGUGACCCGCAUGAUGAUGUGCUACGGUGUUACCAAACUUGGCAUCAAGAAGUUUCAAGCAAAGAUCGGGUUGGACAACGACGUCAGCAUCAGCAUGUUCAAGAAGCUGCACUUCCAGGAGGCGUCUGUGUGCAGGGUGUUCAGAGAGGUGACGCUGGAGCUGACGGUGGACGGGUCCGUUGGGUCGAAGCUGCUGGACGACAUGUGCUACGUGAAGGAGAGGGAUUACAGACAGACGCGCAGCAACAGGACAGAGCUGGUGUCACACUGAAGCACGGGGACCUGCAGAGUGCAGCCGGGAAGCAGAUCAUUGUUCAGGCUGUGGUACAAAGAGGAUACGACAAGAAAGAGAAAGAUCAGAGCGACAACAAUUCCAUAGGAAUUUAAGACUUUACCACAUCUGUCCAUGUCACUUCCUCUGUCUGUAGAGACUCUUCACUGUCCAGCACCACAAACCAGGUGAGAGACGUGGAGACUCACUCAUCUUUAGAUUCACAAUUUCAGCAUAUUAAAAAUCCCAGGAUUCACAGGCGAGAAUGGAAAACCUGCAGCGCUGGUGUUGAGCGAGGCAGUUCAGUUCUUGGAUGUUUGUGCGGAUUCAAGGAAGUCCUUCACCGCAGACGACAGGUCGUGCACCAGCUGUCUCACCACGACCUCCUGCUCUUUGGCCCAGACGAGGCCGUCGUCCACCGCGGCGUUGACGGGCGCACACACGGCUUCUCUCUGCAGGUCGGUCAGUCGACAGGCAGCAGCAACGGCGACGAGCCCCAGCAGCAGCAGGAGGAGGAGUCUGAGCAUCAGGCCCACGACAGAACGCUGAGGUUUAGGUGCCACUUUCACCGCGGCCUUUUUAUCUGCUGUCGUUAGGAGGUGGAGGACGUUACACUCAUAGAACGUUACAAACCCUUAAGGAACCAAUUGACUGUGCAUCCAUUCCUGUUGAAUGGACGUAACCCACCUGCUGGCUGCCCGUUCUUUUUCUUCUUUUCCUCACUCUUCUUCUUCUGUUGUUGUUGUUGUUCCUGUGCAGCCAAAGCCGCCAUCUGAGCAUUGUACUCUUUCCUCCUCUUCUCCUUUUCCUCCGCCUUCUCCCGUUUACGCGCCUCCUUCUCUCGGGCCUCCCGCUCCUUCUGCUUUGCCUCCUUCUUUCUCUCCAGUUCUAAACAAAGGAAGAAGUGUUGAAGACAUACAGAAAUACUAAUAUUUGUUCAUUGUAGGACAUUGUUACUAUUACUAUUGUACUUUAGGCUAUUCACACUCUCUGGCCACAAAUGUGAGAUUCAAACUUAAAUCUUGAUAAUCAUCUUCUGGCAAUAUUGAUGGAUUUUCACCUAACAUUUAUUUUAUAAAAAUACUGUACAUACAUAGUAUAUAUGUAUACAUAUAUACUACUAUGGUAAAAUUUGCUAUUAAAAAGGUAAAAGUAUUUAGGUUGGGGGUCUCUGUACUUUAGCAAUGUCUGAUUUAUACAGUGUAAAGUAAAGUAGACUUCAAACAUGAUGAAA